AUGUCAAAUAAUAAUCAGAAUAUACAUAAUCAAAGUCUAUCAAUUCAAUCAUUAGGUUCUACAGCUCCCGUUAUCGUAACACGCACAUCAAGUCAAUCAAAUUUUCGUAAUGCAUCAUCGACAUUAGUUCAAGCAACAAAUCCGACACUAUCUUCUUCACACUUUAAUCCUCGUCAUUUAUCAUCAUCAUCAGUAGCAGGGUUCCCAUCGAAUCAUUCUCAAUCUUAUCAUCCAAUAACAACAGAAUUAUGA